AUAUAUUUUCUCAAGGCUUACCAUCGUAUAUAUGUCAUGUUGAGCUGAUCAUUAUGGUGGGUUUGCAGUUUUCUCAAAUUUAUUCAUGUGCACAUGCACUCUCCCUAGUUGAGCUUGCAUAUUUGCAUUAUACUGGAGUUGACAUAGCUCUGAUUCUAUACCUCCCUCCCUGUUUUGUUCCCUUCAAUCGCAAUCAAAAUCUCCCCUUUCUUCUGCUUUGUAUCCUGCUUUGAACAGAAAGAAAUGGCUGACAAACCAAGCCGAGGUUUGGUGUUGUAUGGUGAUGGGUUGGUGCGUCUAAUUUCUCCUUCGCAUACCAAUAUGCAUUCUCUUGCGGCUCGGGGAAUAUGCGGCUUCUUGUCCCUUCCACAUUCCCUUGAUGCAGAAACUGAGGAUGAGAGAGUGGUUAGAGAGAUGGCUCAACUACUGGAUUCCGAUUAUGAUUACAUCAGCAAAGAUGGAGAGCAUGCUUCCACAAUUGAAUGUCAGCAAACAUCCUUUUUGCCAACUAUUUCAGAGAAGUUCAUGGGACUGAGAGCUGCUAUUUUGACAACCAAUUCAAACGUGAAGUCUUUGGGAAGAAACCUUGGCUUCACAGUGUUUGGUUUUAAUGAGUUGACCAAUGAAUCCUCCCAGGAUGUUUUAGUCUCUGAGAUAUUACAGUUGCUGGGUUUUCAUGAGGGAAGGAUGUUAGAAACGAGCCAAUUUGAUUUAGUGUUGGUGCAUGUUGGUCAUGUUGGGAAGGAAAAUGAACUAGAUUGGCUCAAUGCUUUGGUUGGAAGGAUUACGCAAACAGCGCGACCUGGAUCAGAAGUUGGUUCCUGUCUUCACUUCUCUAUUGUCAUGAGCUAUGGGGCUGUAUCUAAUGAUGAGGAUCCAAAUUUAACAAUUUUGAUCUCACACAAGCAGACAAACUCCAAUCUUUCAUUGCUCGUCCCUAAUCAAAGUUACACUAUGAAAGGAGGGAAUUUACUGAAAAACAUUCGGCACCAUUGUCCAAUGUUAAUUGCACAGUGGCAGGAGGCUGUAACUCGGAAGGAUAUGGUUGAGACAUUUUCAUUCGAGGAAUUUAAGGAGCACGGUGCAAACCUUGCUAUGCCUGCAAACCGGUUUUUGCAUGAGGUAGCAUUUAAGAUUUGGAAGGCCCCUAAAUAUGGAGCAUGAGGGUCUUCUCGCAUAUCCAAAAUGCUUGAGUAGGAAGUUCAAUAUCGCCAACCAAAUCUAGAACAAAGUAGCUUUAUUUAUUUAUUUAUUUUUUCUGUCUAAUAU